CUCUCUGUCUGUCCGCCCUGCACGCUGAUCAGUCAGCUCUUCAUUCGGUUGACAUCUCAUCAGACACCGCCCGACUGCAUCAUGUCGGACAGAUCCACUCCACACGACACACGGCCGUCCACUCGUGAGUCACCACACACGAUCCACGCCCUUCGCCUGUCUCACCGCAUGGCCGUCGUCCGUCGGCCUGUUGAUGACUUGCGGGACGUCAUAAAACGACCUGCACGCACCAAGGACAAUUUAGGCACUCACUCUGUGUGCGUCAGUCACAUCGGCCGACAUCAUGACGACACUGACCGGCGCUGCUUCUUGUAGUUGUUGCGCCGCUCGUUCGUGCGCAUUGUCGGGGGCCUGCUGUGUGUCUCGGCUUCGCUCUGCAGCAAGCACAAUGACAGAAAGAAAGACAGACAGACAGACAGACAAAGAGGUCAGAUGCUGCCAAAGCAGCCAGCCUCUUCUCUCUCACUUUGUUUUCAUUUGUCAUUUUGGCGGUCUUGUGGUCGUGUCUGAGCAUGACGUCAUGCUCCUGAGCCACACACACAGAGAGCAUCGCCUGUCUGUGUGUCUGUGUCUGCCUCUUUGUUUGUUUGGUGACUUGCUGUGCGGCGGCCAGACGUUUUUGCAGCGAUUGCCACGUCGCCUCGUACUCGUGCUGCUCCUGCACACACAUAGAUGGACAGCACAAGCAGCGAGGAUGGAUGGAUGGAUGGAUGUGUGGGUCAUGAAGUCAGACCUGUUGUGUCUUGUGGAGGUCGCAGGUCAGUUGAGAACUGUGGACAUAGACCUGACAGCGAGAGAGACACCGAAUAAAUGAAUGAAUGAAUGAAUGAGGCACACACAGAGACACACACACGCACUUGUCGCGUCUCCCGUCUGAUCGAUGCGAUCCUCUCCUCAGCCUCAGCACACGCUGACACUCACACACACACACACGCACACACACCGAUCGGUGAAUGGGGAACUGAAGACGCAGAACAGCAGAGCAGUCGACCGACCAAUGGAUGGAUGUCUCGCCUGACCUUUCUUCAUGUCUUCGACGUCCUUCCUGGCCGCUUCCUUUGCCCUCUCCAGCUGACCGCACUUGUCCACCGCGUCGACGUACUCGGCCCUGGCGUGCAGCUCGGCCACCGACAGAUAUCGGGCCGGCAGCGCCUUCAGCAAAAAGGACAGCUCAGCAAGCUGACGGGCCGUGUCGGCUGCCGUCAUUGGCGAGAUGUCAUCGAGUGGGGCUGGCUGGUCAUGCGGAGAGACACUCAUUUGUGUGUGUGUGUGUGUGUGUGUAGUGGGCGGGCGACAGGCAGAGCGAGAGAGUUGUGUCUCGGCAGCACAUCGAUCGCAUACAUGUGUCUGUGUAUUUAUUGUACACCCGGCGAAAGAGGGAGGAAAGAGACUAUGUAUGCAGCAGAGCCGUACAGGCCAGUCAUGGGUGUAUUCAUGGUUUGCAGAGUGAAAUGUGCACGUGAGCAAUAUGCAGAAGGCAAAGCAGCAACGCGACAAGGUCAUUCCCAGCAAGGCGAAUAAUGCGAACAAUCCCCAGCGCACACCACACGUGCAGUGCCUCCCACACACACUCGAAGCAAAAGAACGCAACAGGACGUCGAAAAGGUCGACAAAACACAUGCAAGGCACGUAUGCAUGAAGGCGUGCAGCACAGCAAGGCCUACGAGUAAAGAGUGAGUGUGCAGCGACACUAGCUACAUGAUGCCAGGCAGUGGCUGGGUGGGAUGGG